GUAAUGCUCUCUCGUUCUCUUCGUAUUGCCAGACAAACCAGAUUCUUGUCUUCUACCAGAAUCUUGGCCCACAAGGCUGCUCCAGCCAACGUUAAGACUGCCCUGAACUUGGCUGAAGUCACUGGUCCAGAUGGAUCUUUGAUUGGUCCAGGUGCCAAGGCCGGUACCAUUCCUACUGACUUGGACCAGGCUACUGGUUUGGAAAGACUUGAAAUCUUGGGUAAGAGGGAAGGUAUUGAUGUUUUCGAUUUGGAAAACCCAAUCUACGAAGGAAAGGGUACUUUCGAAGACCCACUCUUGGUUCCAACUUACAUUGGUUACAGAUAUGUUGGUUGCAGAGGUAAGGACGGUGAAGACCACAAGCCAUACUGGAUGAAGGUCGAAGAAGGUAAGAAGUCUAGAUGCUGGCAAUGUGGUACUGUCUUGGCAGCCAAGUACUUGGGUGAACCAGACAUGGCUGCCCAUUAAGCGCUUUGUAUAGACAGCUUUCUUGACAUGCCCUCAUUAUUCAAAUAUUCAUUGACUCCAUUAUUUUAUGCACAUUUUAUAUGAAGUUCCUUUUCCGACUGGUUCAUUCAAUAUAGGUUACUUCUUGUAAUUAGGAGUGAUAGACAAAUCAGAGAGAAUAAAAUUCAUAUCUUUUUAUAUCUAUGUGAAGGGGUUAACCUUCAUUUUAAAUAUGACCUCAACACUUUACUAGUCCUUGUUAGUACACUUUUACAAAAGCCAAUUUCUUGACAUUUUGUUCAUUUUAUACAUUUAAGAUGAUUAAUAGCAAGCAUCUAUAAAUGAAUAAACGAUUAUUA